AUGUAAAGAGGAGGAUGUAGUCUAGGUAACGGUGGGGACCUGUUAACUGUCCAUAAUGUAAAGAGGAGAAUGUAGUCUAGGUAACGGUGGUGACCUGUUAACAGUCCAUAAUGUAAAGAGGAGGAUGUAGGCUAGGUAACGGUGGUGACCUGUUAACAGUCCAUAAUGUAAAGAGGAGGAUGUAGUCUAGGUAACGGUGGUGACCUGUUAACAGUCCAUAAUGUAAAGAGAAGGAUGUAGUCUAGGUAACGGUGGGGACCUGUUAACAGUCCAUAAUGUAAAGAGAAGGAUGUAGUCUAGGUAACGGUGGUGACCUGUUAACUGUCCAUAAUGUAAAGAGGAGGAUGUAGUCUAGGUAACGGUGGUGACCUGUUAACUGUCCAUAAUGUAAAGAGGAGGAUGUAGUCUAGGUAACGGUGGGGACCUGUUAACAGUCCAUAAUGUAAAGAGGAGGAUGUAGUCUAGGUAACGGUGGGGACCUGUUAACAGUCCAUAAUGUAAAGAGAAGGAUGUAGUCUAGGUAACGGUGGGGACCUGUUAACAGUCCAUAAUGUAAAGAGAAGGAUGUAGUCUAGGUAACGGUGGUGACCUGUUAACUGUCCAUAAUGUAAAGAGGAGGAUGUAGUCUAGGUAACGGUGGGGACCUGUUAACAGUCCAUAAUGUAAAGAGAAGGAUGUAGUCUAGGUAACGGUGGUGACCUGUUAACUGUCCAUAAUGUAAAGAGAAGGAUGUAGUCUAGGUAACGGUGGUGACCUGUUAACUGUCCAUAAUGUAAAGAGGAGGAUGUAGUCUAGGUAACGGUGGUGGCCUGUUAACAGUCCAUAAUGUAAAGAGAAGGAUGUAGGCUAGGUAACGGUGGUGACCUGUUAACAGUCCAUAAUGUAAAGAGGAGGAUGUAGUCUAGGUAACGGUGGUGGCCUGUUAACAGUCCAUAAUGUAAAGAGAAGGAUGUAGUCUAGGUAACGGUGGUGACCUGUUAACAGUCCAUAAUGUAAAGAGAAGGAUGUAGUCUAGGUAACGGUGGUGACCUGUUAACAGUCCAUAAUGUAAAGAGGAGGAUGUAGUCUAGGUAACGGUGGUGACCUGUUAACAGUCCAUAAUGUAAAGAGAAGGAUGUAGUCUAGGUAACGGUGGUGGCCUGUUAACAGUCCAUAAUGUAAAGAGAAGGAUGUAGUCUAGGUAACGGUGGUGACCUGUUAACAGUCCAUAAUGUAAAGAGGAGGAUGUAGUCUAGGUAACGGUGGUGACCUGUUAACAGUCCAUAAUGUAAAGAGAAGGAUGUAGUCUAGGUAACGGUGGUGACCUGUUAACAGUCCAUAAUGUAAAGAGGAGGAUGUAGUCUAGGUAACGGUGGUGGCCUGUUAACAGUCCAUAAUGUAAAGAGGAGGAUGUAGUCUAGGUAACGGUGGGGACCUGUUAACAGUCCAUAAUGUAAAGAGGAGAAUGUAGUCUAGGUAACGGUGGUGACCUGUUAACAGUCCAUAAUGUAAAGAGGAGGAUGUAGGCUAGGUAACGGUGGUGACCUGUUAACAGUCCAUAAUGUAAAGAGGAGGAUGUAGUCUAGGUAACGGUGGUGACCUGUUAACAGUCCAUAAUGUAAAGAGAAGGAUGUAGUCUAGGUAACGGUGGGGACCUGUUAACAGUCCAUAAUGUAAAGAGAAGGAUGUAGUCUAGGUAACGGUGGUGACCUGUUAACUGUCCAUAAUGUAAAGAGGAGGAUGUAGUCUAGGUAACGGUGGGGACCUGUUAACAGUCCAUAAUGUAAAGAGGAGGAUGUAGUCUAGGUAACGGUGGGGACCUGUUAACAGUCCAUAAUGUAAAGAGAAGGAUGUAGUCUAGGUAACGGUGGGGACCUGUUAACAGUCCAUAAUGUAAAGAGAAGGAUGUAGUCUAGGUAACGGUGGUGACCUGUUAACUGUCCAUAAUGUAAAGAGGAGGAUGUAGUCUAGGUAACGGUGGGGACCUGUUAACAGUCCAUAAUGUAAAGAGAAGGAUGUAGUCUAGGUAACGGUGGUGACCUGUUAACUGUCCAUAAUGUAAAGAGAAGGAUGUAGUCUAGGUAACGGUGGUGACCUGUUAACUGUCCAUAAUGUAAAGAGGAGGAUGUAGUCUAGGUAACGGUGGUGGCCUGUUAACAGUCCAUAAUGUAAAGAGAAGGAUGUAGGCUAGGUAACGGUGGUGACCUGUUAACAGUCCAUAAUGUAAAGAGGAGGAUGUAGUCUAGGUAACGGUGGUGACCUGUUAACAGUCCAUAAUGUAAAGAGAAGGAUGUAGUCUAGGUAACGGUGGUGGCCUGUUAACAGUCCAUAAUGUAAAGAGAAGGAUGUAGUCUAGGUAACGGUGGUGACCUGUUAACAGUCCAUAAUGUAAAGAGGAGGAUGUAGUCUAGGUAACGGUGGUGGCCUGUUAACAGUCCAUAAUGUAAAGAGGAGGAUGUAGUCUAGGUAACGGUGGGGACCUGUUAACUGUCCAUAAUGUAAAGAGGAGAAUGUAGUCUAGGUAACGGUGGUGACCUGUUAACAGUCCAUAAUGUAAAGAGGAGGAUGUAGGCUAGGUAACGGUGGUGACCUGUUAACAGUCCAUAAUGUAAAGAGGAGGAUGUAGUCUAGGUAACGGUGGUGACCUGUUAACAGUCCAUAAUGUAAAGAGAAGGAUGUAGUCUAGGUAACGGUGGUGACCUGUUAACAGUCCAUAAUGUAAAGAGGAGGAUGUAGUCUAGGUAACGGUGGGGACCUGUUAACAGUCCAUAAUGUAAAGAGAAGGAUGUAGUCUAGGUAACGGUGGUGACCUGUUAACUGUCCAUAAUGUAAAGAGGAGGAUGUAGUCUAGGUAACGGUGGUGGCCUGUUAACAGUCCAUAAUGUAAAGAGGAGGAUGUAGUCUAGGUAACGGUGGUGACCUGUUAACUGUCCAUAAUGUAAAGAGGAGAAUGUAGUCUAGGUAACGGUGGUGACCUGUUAACAGUCCAUAAUGUAAAGAGGAGGAUGUAGGCUAGGUAACGGUGGUGACCUGUUAACAGUCCAUAAUGUAAAGAGGAGGAUGUAGUCUAGGUAACGGUGGUGACCUGUUAACUGUCCAUAAUGUAAAGAGGAGGAUGUAGUCUAGGUAACGGUGGGGACCUGUUAACAGUCCAUAAUGUAAAGAGGAGGAUGUAGUCUAGGUAACGGUGGGGACCUGUUAACAGUCCAUAAUGUAAAGAGGAGGAUGUAGUCUAGGUAACGGUGGUGGCCUGUUAACAGUCCAUAAUGUAAAGAGAAGGAUGUAGUCUAGGUAACGGUGGGGACCUGUUAACAGUCCAUAAUGUAAAGAGAAGGAUGUAGUCUAGGUAACGGUGGUGACCUGUUAACUGUCCAUAAUGUAAAGAGGAGGAUGUAGUCUAGGUAACGGUGGUGACCUGUUAACUGUCCAUAAUGUAAAGAGAAGGAUGUAGUCUAGGUAACGGUGGUGACCUGUUAACAGUCCAUAAUGUAAAGAGGAGGAUGUAGUCUAGGUAACGGUGGUGACCUGUUAACAGUCCAUAAUGUAAAGAGGAGGAUGUAGGCUAGGUAACGGUGGUGGCCUGUUAACAGUCCAUAAUGUAAAGAGGAGGAUGUAGUCUAGGUAACGGUGGGGACCUGUUAACAGUCCAUAAUGUAAAGAGGAGGAUGUAGUCUAGGUAACGGUGGUGACCUGUUAACAGUCCAUAAUGUAAAGAGAAUGAUGUAGUCUAGGUAACGGUGGUGACCUGUUAACUGUCCAUAAUGUAAAGAGGAGGAUGUAGUCUAGGUAACGGUGGUGACCUGUUAACUGUCCAUAAUGUAAAGAGGAGGAUGUAGUCUAGGUAACGGUGGUGACCUGUUAACAGUCCAUAAUGUAAAGAGGAGGAUGUAGGCUAGGUAACGGUGGUGACCUGUUAACAGUCCAUAAUGUAAAGAGAAGGAUGUAGUCUAGGUAACGGUGGGGACCUGUUAACAGUCCAUAAUGUAAAGAGGAGGAUGUAGGCUAGGUAACGGUGGUGAAGGGGUGUGUCGUGUCAUUUCGGGGUUCCUCGUCUCCAGGGGUAACUCAGCAGAAUGUGUGACAUCACAGCGUUCUUGUUUAUAACCUAACCCCUGCUCAGUUCACAUACAGACACAUCCUGACUCUACAGGAUAAAGAAGAGAUCUUAGACGAACCAGGAAAACAACAUUAAAGGAUCCUAAAGAGUACUUUAAAACAACUUUUAGGAAACAGUAACCGGUUGGAUUACUACUCGAAGAGACAAGGAAUUGUUUUUCCUACGGAUUCCACUCAGUAUUAUUAUUAUUAUCUACUCUCCUGAAGAACAAUAUCAUUUAUUAUUUUGACCUUUCUUUUUGUUUUUUUACUUUUUCUUCUCAAACAAAGAUGGCUGCUUCAUCUUCUUCUUCCACCCGUACCCUUCUCCUCCUCAUCCUCCUCUCCUCUCUGUCACUGAGUGUGGAGUCUCGACUCUCGUCCCAACCCUCGCCCCGACCAUCACCUCGGAAACACGACACACAGGUACUAGAUAAUCUCUUCAGCGCUCAGCUCCGCUCUCUGAUCCUCAACCAACCAGACAUCACCUCUGAAGGUUCCACUUCUGGCCCCUCCCAUUCCUACCAUCCUCCCUCCCAGGGAUUGGCUGGUCGUGGCAUGGGGGCGGGUCCUGUGGUCCCCAGGUUGUUCCUAGACUUUCUGCGCCAACAGAGGAUGUUCCGUGGUCGGAGCAGGAAGAGCGCCACCGCCAGGGGAUGCUUCGGCAUGAAGGUGGACCGCAUCGGAUCUAUCAGCGGUCUGGGAUGCUGAUUGGACAACCGCCAGUGGCCUUGUGUUCUGAUUGGCUACCUUUCACCCCACUACUUCCUGGGUGUGUCAGAGACCGAGGGAAGGCUGGGAGAUCUCUAACUGACAGACAGACGGAUGUAACAUUCCCACCCGUUGAUAUCUAACCGCUGAACUGUGAUCCUGUGUGACUGUAGAGGUCAUCUCCCAAAACCCCAAGUGACCUAUAGGUGUUCUGAGGCUUCCAUGUGAGAGCUGAUACUAAUGACCUUUGACCUCUAACCACUGGCUCUGUUACAGCCAGUACAACUAACCUAUGGGGUGUGUGUUUGUGUAUAAUGUGUGUGUGUGUGUGUGUGUAUGUAUAUAAUGUGGGUGUAUAAUGUUUGUCAUUCCAUUGUAUCCAUGUAUAACCUGACAGGCCUUCUGUUGUGUAAACUGAGACCAACAUGUGUCAAACAUGUUUACAUCUUCCCUGUAACACGCUACCAGUAACACGCUACCAGGACCUGCUGUGUGUUCUACUGUCUGUUCUCUGUAACAUGUUAACUGUGUAUUAGUCUGAUAUGAUUUACAUAUAUCACUGUCAGUGGAUCAGGACUGGGCUCAAAUCAGACUUCAAUACAGUGAAUGAUUUAAUGAAUCCAUCAUUCUGGUACUGAAAGCUGAAUUGGCCCCAACCCUGAGUCCAUAUGGAUGAAGAGAAGGGUUUAUAUCUACAUGCUGGAAGUCAAAGAACUUGUACUAGACUAAACAAGUUCCUGUUUCUCUGAAAUAAUAAAACAGCUCUGGUCCUCCUGUU